AUGAUUUUUGACAAUCUCAAUCAAAUAAUAUCGAAUAUAAGUGUGGCACCGAAACAAAUUGUAAAUAAUUCUAUAGUCAUUGUGACUAAUCAGAACAUUCAGCAAUUAAGCUACGGCGGACAUUUGGCAAUUGGUAUUAUAUUGACUUUAUCAAGCAGCAUUGGUAUACUGGUAAACGGAUCAGUCAUUUUAACUUUUAUAAGAAAUGUUACAUUAAGAACUCAAACAAAUUGGCUUAUAUUGAGCUUAGUUAUAUCAGACUUCUGUAUGUCUUUCUUGGGUACACCAAUGGUAGCCGUUUCAAGUUUCUACCAAAAAUGGGUCUUUGGUACUUCCGGUUGUGCGUACUACGCGUGCCUCAUGAGUUUUAUGGGAUACAUGUCAAUUGUUUUAUUGACCGCUAUUUCAAUAUCGAGGUAUGUUGUGACAGUUCGGAGAGAAUGGACUCACUGUCUAACGUAUAAUGUUGUAAUUUGUACUAUAGCUAUCGGAGUUUUGUAUUCAUUGUUUUGGUCUUUAUUGCCACUGGUAGGAUGGAGCUCAUACGGACACGAGGCUGCAAAUACAUCGUGCUCAGUACAAUGGAACAAAAAAGACCCGCUUCAUUAUUCAUACAGUGUGGCAAUCAUGAUCUUCAAUUUGGCUAUACCAUUUGGUAUUAUAAUCUUUUGUUAUACGGCAAUAAUAACAAAGCCUCAGAAUUGUGCGUUUUCCUUAUCUUGGUUUCCCUACGCAAUUGUCUGUCUUUGGAGUAUUUUACGAAAUUCGGAAGACAUUCCUGUUGGUCUUGCUGUGUUUCCAGCAAUUAUAGCUAAAGUAUCUGUCGUGUGGAACCCAUUGAUCUAUAUUGCUAGAACAGAGCAAUUCAGAUGUGCCAUGGUGAACACAAUUCCAUGCUGUAGAGUCGUCUCGAAUAUUGUGUGUGAUAACAAUAACUUCGCAAUAGAAGAUAUAGAAAUACCAGCGAAUAAUGAAAACCGGAUAACAGUUGUAAAAUAUUCAAAUCAGUUUUCACCAGGAACGGAUAUGCUGGAAUAUAAACUUGGGCAACCUGGUCCUCCAAAAGUUGAAGUAAGAAGAAAAAAUCAGAAUGACUCAAAAAGUCCUAAUUUUAGCCAAAACAAUGGCGGCAUGUCAUUUUGCUCUGAAUCAAAUAUUUCAGCAGACCAAACUAAUGAUGCCAUUUCACAAUCGAUUGGCAAUUGUAAUAAGGACAGGGACGUCAAAUCUGAAUGA